CUCCUGGACCCUAUGCAGGAGAAGUCGCCCCCACUUGCUUCCAGCUUCUGGCCCCCCCAGGCACUCUCCUGCACCUCUGAGCCAGGGCUGGGGUCAGGAUGGGGCCUGGGGGCCCUGGGUGGAGGUGCCAGCAGGGAGGCAGGCACCACAGGCCCGGAUGACAGACACCAGAAGCCCUCCCUGAACAAAGGCUGGGUGGGAGGCGGCCUGGUGUGUCCCCACCCCCCCUCCCAGUGCGUGCUGAGCCAAGACCACAGUCAGCAAGGCGGGCCGAGCAUGGCCAGGGCCGCGGCCGUCCUGCUGUCCCUCAUUCUGCAGCUCACGAGCCGGACACUGGCCCCGGGGACCAGCAGAGGUGGGGCCAUCUCCAGGGAUCCCCUUGGCCUUGCUGACGUCCAGGACUACCAGUCAGAGGGGCCAACCCACUCGUCAGCCCCUGCUGGGGCCCCCGAGGAACGGUGGCGCCCCCUGGAGGAGCGGCUGGAAAGGCUGGAGGCUGAGGUCACGGAGCUCAGAGAACAGGAGCCCAUCCAGACCCCAGGCCAUGAGAACUGGCGCUGUCUGAGCGGGAUGCUGCCCGGAGGUGGGCCCAUCUCUGCUCUUCCUUCUCCUCCUGCCCUGGCUUUCAUACCCUGCGGGAGACAGUGGGGGAGGCUGAACCAGUGCCUCCUACCCCCCCUUCCCCAGAACAAGGAACUGCAGGGCAGGGUGACGCAGCUGGAGUCCUGUGAGUGCCACCCGGCUUCCCCCCAGUGUUGGGGCUUGGGCCGGGCCUGGCCCGAGGGGGCUCGCUGGGAGCCCGAUGCCUGCACAGCCUGUGUCUGCCAGGACGGGGCUGCAAACUGUGUUCCCAAGCCCGGCCCGCCCCACUGCCACGGCUGCAGCCACAAUGGUCAGGCCUAUGGCAAUGGGGAGACCUUCACCCCAGAUGCCUGCACCACCUGCCGCUGCCUGGACGGUGCUGUAACUUGCACCCAGAAGCCAUGCCCGAGAGGACCCUGCCCAGAGCCGGGAGCAUGCUGCCCACACUGCUGCUCUGGAGGCCACAGGGAUGGGGAAACGUGGCAAUUGGAGCGCUGUGUUAUCUGCACCUGCCAGGCAGGGACAGUGCGGUGCCAGGGGCCCUCAUGCUCAGAGCUGAACUGCCUGGAGAGCUACACCCCACCUGGGGAGUGCUGCCCUGUCUGCCGGCCAGGCUGUGAGUAUGAGGGGCAGCUUUACGAGGAAGGGGCCAAUUUCCUGUCCAGCUCCAACCCUUGUCUCCAGUGCUCCUGCCUGAGGAGCCUGGUUCGCUGCGUGCCCAUGAAGUGUCCGCCCAUCCCCUGCCCCAAGCCGGUCCUGAGGCCUGGGCACUGCUGCCCGACCUGCCAAGCUCAAGGCUGCACAGAAGAUGGUUCUCACUGGGAGCAUGGCCAAGAGUGGACCACCCCUGGGGACCCCUGCCGGAUCUGCCAGUGCCUGGAGGGCCACAUCCAGUGCCGCCAGCGAGAAUGUGCCAGUCUCUGCCCAUACCCUGCCCGGCCCCUCCCGGGCACCUGCUGCCCUGUGUGUGAUGGCUGUUUCCUAAACGGGCGGGACUACCGCAGUGGGGAGCCCGUGGGCUCUGGGGACCCCUGCUCGCACUGCCAUUGUGCCAACGGGAGUGUCCAGUGUGAGCCUCCGCCCUGCCCACCCACGCCCUGCAGACACCCAGGCAGGACCCCGGGGGAGUGCUGCCCUGUCUGUGACAGCUGUGAGUACCAGGGGCACCAGUAUCGGAACCAGGAGACCUUCCAGCUCCAAGAGAGUGGCCGCUGUGUCCGCUGCGCCUGCCAGGCUGGCGAGGUCUCCUGCGAGGAGCGCGAGUGCCCAGGCACGCCUUGCACCCUGCCUGACUCUGGCCCCCGGCUCUGCUCAGGUGUGUGUGCUGGGGGAUGGGGGCGGACAACCAUGAAAGGGUGCUGCUUGCAGUGGCCAGGAGUGUUCCUUCACAUCUGCGUGCUUGAUGGAGAGGAGUUUGCUGAGGGUGUCCAGUGGGAGCCUGAUGGCCAGCCCUGCACGACCUGCUCCUGUCAAGCUGGGGUGCCUGUGUGUGGGACUUUGCUCUGCUCCCCAGCCCCCUGCCAGCACCCCACCCAGCCCCCGGGUGCCUGCUGCCCCAGCUGUGAGGGCUGCACUUACCACGGCCAAGUGUACACCAACGGGCAGAACUUCACAGACGCAGACCCUUGCCGCACCUGCCGCUGCGAGGAUGGGACCGUGACGUGCUCCUUGGUCAACUGCCCUCCCACAACCUGUGCCAGGCCUCAGAGUGGACCCGGCCAGUGCUGCCCCACGUGCCCAGACUGCGUCCUGGAGAAACAGGUGUUUGUGAAUGGUGAGCGCUUCUCACACCCCCAAGACCCGUGCCAGGAAUGCCAGUGCCAGGAAGGCCAUGCCCACUGCCAACACCGGGUCUGCCCCCGGACCGCCUGUGCCCACCCGCUGCCUGGUGUCUGUUGCCAGAACAACUGCAAUGGUUGUGCCUUUGGAGGGAAAGAGUACCCCAACGGGGCCGACUUCCCCCACCCUUCUGACCCCUGCCGGCUGUGUCACUGUCUGGGAGGCAAUGUGCAGUGCCUGGCGCGCCGCUGCCCGCCCCUGUCCUGCCCAGAGCCGGUCCUGCUGCCUGGAGAGUGCUGCCCACAGUGCCCAGCCUCCCCCUCGGGCUGCCCUCGGCCGGGGGGCUUGGUCCCCGCCCGCCACCAGGAGCACUUCUCCCCGCCCGACGACCCCUGCCGCCACUGCCUCUGCCUGGACGGCUUGGUGUCCUGCCAGCGACUGCCCUGCCCACCCACGCCCUGCACCCACCCGCGCCAGGGGCCCUGCUGCCGCUCCUGUGAUGGCUGCCUGUACCAGGGGAAGGAGUUCGCCAGUGGGGAGCGCUUCCCUUCGCCCACUGCCGGCUGUCACGUCUGCCUCUGCUGGGAGGGCAGCGUCAGCUGUGAGCCCAGGGCUUGUGCACCUGCACAGUGCCCCUUCCCUGCCCAGGAUGACUGCUGCCCUGCCUGUGACGGCUGUGAGUAUCUGGGGGAGUCCUACCUGAGCAGCCAGGAGUUCCCAGAUCCCCACGAGCCCUGCAACCUGUGUACCUGCCUUGGAGGCUUCGUGACCUGCAGCCGCCGGCCCUGUGAGCCCCUGGGCUGCAGCCACCCGCUCACCCAAGCUGGGCACUGCUGCCCGACCUGCCAGGGAUGCCUCUAUCAUGGGGUCACUGCUGCCCCUGGAGAGACCCUUCCUGACCCACUAGACCCCACCUGCUCGCUCUGCACCUGCCAGGCCGGCCAGGUCAGCUGUGUGCGGCAGCCCUGCCCGCCCCUGUCCUGCCCGCUCCAGGUCACGGAGCAGGGGAGCUGCUGUCCUCGCUGCAGAGGCUGCCUGCUCCAUGGGGAGGAGCACCCCGAAGGCAGUAGCUGGAAGCCCCCCGACAGCCCCUGCUCCUCCUGCAUGUGUCAUGAGGGUGUCGUCACCUGUGCCCGCGUCCAGUGUUCCACCUCCUGCGCCCAGCCCCACCAGGGGCCCAGUGACUGCUGCCCUCGGUGCUCCGACUGUGAGCAUGAGGGUCGGAAGUAUGAGCCAGGAGAGAGCUUCCAGCCUGGUGCAGACCCCUGCGAAGUAUGCGUCUGUGAGCUGCAGCCUGAGGGGACACCCAGCCUGCACUGUCACCGGCGGCAGUGCCCCCGCCUGGUGGGCUGCCCCGCCGGCCAGCUCCUGACCCCUGGGCCCCAGCAGUGCUGCCCCACCUGUGCCGAGGCGCUGAGUCACUGCACGGAGCACCUGCUGGGGUCUGAGCUGACCCCACCAGACCCCUGCUACACCUGCCGGUGCCAGGACCUGACUUGGCUCUGCAUUCACCGGGCCUGUCCUGAGCUCAGCUGUCCCCUGCCGGAACGCUACAUACCCCCUGGGAGCUGCUGCCCCGUGUGCCAGGAAUGUGUGGUGGAGGCUGAGGGCCGGACAGUGGCGGAUGGAGAGAGCUGGCGGGACCCCAGCAAUGCCUGUGUCACCUGCACCUGCCGUCGGGGCCACGUGGAGUGCCGCCUGGAGGAGUGCCAGGCGCUCACCUGCCCGCGCGGCUGGGCGAAGGUGCGGGAGGCUGGCCGGUGCUGUGAGAGGUGCCAAGCCCCCGCCCCGUCGUGCGCGCACCAGGGCCGGCGGGUGGCCUCCGGGGAGCGCUGGGACGUGGACGCCUGCACCAACUGCUCCUGCGUGGCAGGCACCGUGCGCUGCCACAGCCAGCGCUGCGCGCCGCUCUCCUGUGGGCCCGACCAGGCCCCCGCCCUGAGUCCCGGCAGCUGCUGUCCCCGCUGCCUGCCCCGGCCCGCUUCCUGCAUGGCCUUCGGAGACCCUCAUUACCGCACCUUCGACGGCCGCCUGCUGCACUUCCAGGGCAGCUGCAGCUACGUGCUGGCCAAGGACUGCCGUGGCGGGGACUUCAGCGUGCACGUGGCCAACGAUGACCGGGGCCUGAGCGGCGUGUCCUGGACCCAGGAGGUGGCUGUGCUGCUGGGAGACGUGGCCGUGCGGCUGCUGCAGGGCGGGGAGGUCACGGUGGAUGGCCGCCCCGUGGCCUUGCCCUUCCUGCAGGAACCGCUGUUCUACGUGGAGCUUCGGGGACACACGGUGGUGCUGCACUCCCAGCCGGGCCUCCAGGUGCUGUGGGAUGGGCGGUCCCAGGUGGAGGUGAGAGUGCCUGGCUCCUACCGGGGCCACAUGUGUGGGCUCUGUGGCAACUUCAAUGGCUUUGCCCAGGAUGACCUGCAGGACCCUGAGGAGCUGCUCCGGCCCACUGAGGCUGCGUUUGGGAAUAGCUGGCAGGUCCCAGAGGGCCCAGGAUCUGGUCGGCCCUGUUCCAAGGGCCGUGAGGUGGAUCCAUGCCGGGCAGCAGGGUACCGUGCCAGGCGUGAGGCCAACGCCCGGUGUGCAGUGCUGAAGUCUGCCCCGUUCAGCCGCUGCCAUGCUGUGGUGCCACCAGACCCCUUCUUUGCCGCCUGCGUGUAUGACCUCUGUGCUUGCGGGCCCGGUUCCUCUGCUGACGCCUGCCUCUGCGAUGCUCUGGAAGCCUAUGCCAGCCACUGUCGCCGUGCAGGGGUGACACCGGCCUGGCGGGGCCCCACACUCUGUGUGGUGGGCUGCCCCCUGGACCGCGGCUUCGUGUUUGAUGAGUGUGGCCCACCCUGUCCCCGCACCUGCUUCAACCGGCACAUCCCCCUGGGGGAGCUGGCAGCCCACUGUGUGCGACCCUGCAUCCCCGGCUGCCAGUGCCCGGCGGGCCUGGUGGAGCACGAGGCCCACUGUAUCUCACCCGAGGCCUGCCCCCCAGUCCUGCUCACUGGGGACCAGCUGCCCAGCACUCCGCGCAACCCCAGCCGGGAGCCCCAGGGGCCAACCUGAGCCAGGACGACACCGACCAGGACUCACCGGGCAUGAAGUCUCCCCUUGGCGAGCAUGUCUCACCCUGCCUGGGUGCUGGGAGGCUGGGCGUGGCUCUCACAAAGACCCCAGCUGUGUUGCAUUGGAAACAGUAAACUUAGGGUCCAGCCUAA